UUUUUCAUCCCAGUGUUAAAAUCUCUUCACUUCUUCUUUAUGAUCAGCUAGAAGAACUGGACAUUAUGGAUUAUUAUUUAGUGUCAAAAACCGUUUUUGUCACCGGAGCUGCCGGCUUCAUCGGCUCCUGGCUUGUCAUGAGACUCCUCCAACGUGGCUAUACUGUUCGAGCCACCGUGCGCGACCCUGGUAACAUGAGGAAGGUGAAGCAUUUGCUAGAGUUGCCUAAUGCCGACACACGCUUGAGUCUGUGGAAGGCAGACCUUACCCAUGAGGGAAGCUUAGAUGAUGCCAUUAGCGGCUGCAUUGGAGUUUUCCAUGUGGCUACCCCUUGGGAUUUAGACUCCAAGGACCCUGAGAAUGAAAUGAUAAAGCCAACAAUCAAUGGUUUAUUGAACAUUAUGAAAGCAUGCCUGAAGGCCAGAACAGUGAGGAGAUUGAUCUUCACAUCUUCUGCUGCAACUCUCACUGGCAGAGAGCACCACAAACCUGUGAUUGAUGAGACUUGCUGGACUGACGUUGAGUUUUGUCGCACAGCAAAGAUCACUGGUUGGGGGUAUUUUGUUUCAAAGACAUUGGCAGAGCAAGAGGGAUGGAAAUUUGCCAAAGAGCAUAACAUGGAUUUCAUCAGUGUAAUUCCUCCUCAUGUGGUUGGCCCUUUUCUCAUGAAUUCAAUGCCUCCCAGUUUUAUGAUCUCUCUUUCUCUCAUCACUGGAAAUGAAAGCCAUUAUUCAGUGCUAAAGAAAGGGUACUAUGUUCAUUUAGAUGAUCUCUGUAUGUGUCACAUAUUCUUAUUUGAGCAUCCUCAAGCAGAAGGAAGAUACAUAUGCUCUUCCCAUAAGGCCACAAUACAUGGAAUUGCCAAGUUGCUUAGGUUUCAUCCAAACACACCCCAAAAAUACCCAGAGUACAAUGUCCCCACCGAGUUUGGGAAUAUUCCGGAAGAAUUGGAGAUUGAGAACUUUUCUACCAAGAAGAUAAAAGAUUUAGGGUUUCAGUUUAAAUAUAGUUUAGAGGAUAUGUUCACCGCAGCCAUUGAUACUUGUAGAGAAAAAGGACUUCUCCACAACCGUGCGUAAGCUCUCGCUUAUGGCACAACUGAUUAAAACUGAACAUGAUAUGUACUUUGUGUUUGUGAGAGCCUUGGCUCUUCUA